AUGAAAUUAAAAUCAGCUAUUGUUUUCUUAGAUUAUUCUUUGAAGCCUAGAGUAUUUUAAUUAGAAAGAUAUGCUAUUAAGAAACUUGAAAAACCUGAUGGCUAUAAAUUAAUAUAUUUUAAAGAAUUUGAAAAAGCCCAAUAAUUUGCUAUUUAAGCACAAUAAUUAUUGGAAUUUAAGCAAGUUGAAAAUUUAUAAUAAAUGAUGAUUUCUGAUAUUAGUUUAAUAAGAGAGAGAAGGUAUCAUAUUCUUUUUUCUGUUUAGCUAAAAAGAUGGAUAAAUUAGAGAAAUUAGUGUUUAAUAAUAAUAAUAAAAUGUCUUCGAUAAGACUUAUAAUGUAGAAAAUACAACAAUAUAAAAUAGUUAAUUCAAAUAUAAAUAGGAGAAUAAGAUAGUUAACUAGUAUAAAUUUGAUGAUAUAAAUUAAAAUGAUUGUUAUAGUAUUUUGGAUGAGAUAGAAGAUUAAAUGAAGAAAAUAUAAAUUAGUAGAUAAAGAUUAGUUAAAUUAGAAUAAUUGGAUUAAUAAUUUGAAAAUCUAUUAUAUUAUUAUCCAAAAAGUCUAGAAAUAAUUCCUAUUUAACCUUAAAAUCUAUAUACACUUUAUUUUGAUGGUGCAAGUAAAUCUAACCCUGGUCCUGCUGGUGCUGGAAUAGCAUUGUUUGAUAAAAUGAAAUUAAUUAAAGAAAUUACUUAACCUUUGGGAAAGUAAACAAAUAAUGUAGCUGAAUUUUUGGCAUUGUUUUUUGGAAUAAGAUAUACUUUAAAUUUAGGAAUAAAUUAUUUAGAAUGUUUUGGGGAUAGUAAAGUAUUGAGAUUAUUGAUUAUUAGCUUAUAAUUGAUGGAAUGAAUAAUAAGUUAAAUUAUAAAUAAAAACAUUUAGAAGACAUUAGAGUAGCAAUUUGUGAUUAUGCAUAAUUAUUUAAGAAAGUUAAAUAUACUCAUAUUUCGAGAGAUCAUAAUGAAAUUGCAGAUAAAUUAGCUUCAACUGCUGCUUAAUUAUAAAAAAAAAAUGAGCUUUGA